GACAGUGCUUCUGUCCUGGUAUGGGAGUGAAUGGUGAUAAAGGAACCACAGGCUGGUAAUGCUCACGACUGGAAGAACACGACUAUAACCAGAGGGGAAACAAAGCACCGGACAGGUGAAAAUGUGACAUAUCUCAAUCCAGGGAACAGUGCGAUGGUCCUGAUACCAGAGGGGUGCACAACCGUUUUAGGUCUAAAGGUCACAUUGCCAGAUUGUACUACUCCAAGGGUCGCCAAAGUUUAAAAGUGAUCAAGAUGCCUGGAGAAAAGUCACAGAUCGUUCCCAAGCCGAUAAAGGUGAUCGCCGCUGCUUGUAACAAUAUGGGAAUUGGAUUGAAAGGGAACUUACCGUGGAAUCUACCAAAUGAAUUCAAGUAUCUAUUAAACACAAUAACUACAGUGAAGGAGCCUGGAAAGAAAAAUCUAAUAGUUUGGGGCCGACGGUCAUUCGAGGGAUUCGAUGAGAACCUAUUACCUCUGCCAAAUACCCUCAUCGUUCUUCUUACCAGGCAGAUCAGCGAUUUACCGAAACAUAUCGAUUACAUAUGCCAUGAUGAAGAAGAAGUUGUUAAACUUGUCUCAAGUUCGCCUCUCUGUAAUGAGAUAGAAACGAUAUGGAUACUAGGAGGAGUGGAGUGUUAUAAGAACAUGAUGAAGCACCCUUGGUGUAACCACAUCUACUUCACGCACAUCAUGGCAGACCUGGAGUGCGAUACUUUCUUUCCAGAGUUUGACAAGAACGUCUUCAAAUUAAAAGAAGACUAUCCCGGCAUUCCUUCUGAAAUUCAGGAAGAAAAAGGCAUAAAAUACAUAUUUAGAGUCUAUGAAAAAGAUCAACCCCAAAAUGACGAAUGAUUGGUCAAGUAGAUCACAUGGCCUCAGAAGGUUUUGUUGCACAAAUGCUCUUGAAUACCCUACAUCAAUGUUUCCUAAACAGCGUGCCUGCAGCUGUUGCAAAACUACAACUCCCA